CCAACUAGCCAACACUGCUAGUGGGGGCUACCGCAUAUUUUAGAGACUUGUGUAUGUGUAUCAUAAACUAUUUUAUUAUGCCAAAUUGUAGCAAAAUGGAGACGGAUGUUUAAGUGAUCGAAUAGAUCACACGGCUUGUCUUCAAGCCUCUGUUUGGCGACCCUUUUGAGGGAUGUACAGCGGAGGCAGAUGCCCGCCAUCUUGGACAAUUAAUCGCUCUCCUGUAAGACACCAAACGGGGCAAGCUCCGGCGGAUAUGGAUAACAGCAGUAUACACAGUCUUGAUCCUCGUAAACAAGAGCUGUUGGAAGCCAGAUUCCUUGGUGCAGGUAGUAGGUUUCAGCCCUUAAAUACUUCUACGUCACAGCCAAUGACCAUGUUACAGGACACAAGCAGUAACCUGAGUGCUGGAUCCCUGGACAGAGACGAAGGUUCAGAAGGACAGAUUGGCACCCCAGAUAAAUGCAGAACACCAUCAGAACGGAAACGUAAAAGAAAAAAUGCCCCAGAUAGUGGGGAAAUGGGUAGUGCCACAAAAUCUGGCCGAGCUGAGACAAAUGGAAAGAAAAUAAAUGAAUAUUUCAAGCAGCAGAAUCAAUCUCCUAGUCGUAACAUGAUUCCUGCUUCAGGUGCUAAAUCUCCGUCUCCACAGACCUUGUCUCAUGGCUACCUGGCUGCAUCUCCACAAAGUAGUUCUCAUUCUAGCUCGGAAGUUUUGUCUUUUCCUGCUAGACCUAUUUAUUGUUGUACAAAAGGAGUUCAAACAGACAUGACAGUUACUCACAUCCGAGCAUUAGAGUCGAGAUCAGUGUCAGAUAUAGAACAAAAAGAUAGUCGUAUUGAUGACUUAGUUAGGCAAAAUGAUGAAAUCAGACGUCAAUUAACUGCCCAACAGAAACUGUUAGAGAAACAUAAAGAUAAUUUACAGAAAUGUUUAGAAGUCAAUAAAUCAUUAUUAAAGGAGAAGAGUGAAUUAGUGAAGAAAACCACCAGACAGAAAUGUAUGGAGAAUAGAUUACGACUAGGUCAGUUUGUGACACAGAGACAAGGUGCCCAGUUUGUAGAGAACUGGGUCGAUGGUUGGGCUUUCACAGAUUUAAUGAAAUGUCAAGAGAGGAUAGCCACGGAGAAAGAAGAUAUAGACAGGCUACGGCGUAUAUUAGUAAAACGUAAACCGCCUGCAAAUAUUAAUAAAAACUCAAAACACGAUAAUUUCAUAAAACCUGGUGAAAAACCGUUAUCAAUUAUAGAAUAUUACGAGCAAGAUGAAAUAUUGAAAUUGCGGCAAGCCUCUCUUAAAAAAGAAGAUGCAGACUUACAGUUAGAAUUAGAAAAACUAGAACGAGAAAGAAAUCUUCAUAUCCGUGAAUUAAAACGAAUACAUAAUGAAGAUAAUUCUAGGUUUAAAGAACAUCCUAUAUUAGCGGAACGUUAUUUGUUGUUAAGUUUGUUGGGUAAAGGGGGGUUUAGUGAAGUACAUAAAGGGUUUGAUCUAAAAGAACAGCGUUACGUAGCGUGUAAAAUACAUCAACUUAAUAAAGAAUGGAAGGAAGAUAAGAAAGCUAAUUAUAUCAAACAUGCAUUAAGGGAGUAUAAUAUUCAUAAGAGUUUAAACCACCCUAGGAUAGUUAGACUUUAUGAUGUAUUUGAAAUUGACAAUAACUCAUUUUGUACAGUGUUAGAAUAUUGUGAAGGCAAUGACCUUGACUUCUAUCUUAAACAGAAUAAGUGCAUUCCAGAGAAGGAGGCCCGUUCCAUAAUUUGCCAAACUGUUAGUGCUUUGAGAUAUCUCAAUGAGAUCAAACCACCUGUGAUACAUUAUGACCUGAAACCUGGUAAUAUUUUAUUAGGAAGUGGGUCAGUUAGCGGUGAAAUUAAAAUCACCGAUUUUGGUCUGAGUAAAAUCAUGGAUGAUGAAUUUUACUCUCCAGAUAUAGGGAUGGACCUAACGUCCCAGGGUGCUGGAACCUACUGGUAUCUUCCCCCAGAAUGUUUUGUCGUAGGUAAAACUCCACCAAAGAUUUCCUCCAAGGUAGAUGUCUGGUCUGUAGGUGUGAUAUUUUAUCAAUGUUUAUAUGGUAAAAAGCCAUUUGGACAUAACCUAUCUCAGGCAACUAUCUUGGAAGAAAAUACAAUACUAAAAGCAACAGAAGUAGAAUUUCCCUCAAAACCUCCAGUUAGUUCAGAAGCCAAGUCAUUUAUUAGGAAAUGUUUACAAUAUAAAAAAGAAUAUCGACCGGAUGUUUUGAACCUAGGUGUAGAUGAUUAUUUGAAACCAGCAUCUUUAAAAUCAAAGCACAACAUAGAUUUUAUACAAAGUGGAAUGUCUGGUGCUGGUGGUAAUUCACAAUCUCAAUCAUCCCAGUCACUUCAGGCUCCUACACUCAGUCUCUCACAGUCACCCGCAUUUACUUUUGGCGAUAAAUUCUCCUAGUCGUAGCCAUCACUUCACUGGAUGUUCUUAUCUUCUGACUUUAGUUCUUCAUUGGUUAAUUAAAUUAAAGAGCCAUGGAUACUACAAUUAUUAUUAUUAUUAAUCUUGCGGCAACGUUCUUCAUUUUGCUAUGAUAGUGGAAAUAUUUUCUGAAAGUACAGAGAAAUCUAUAUGUUAUAGCUAACCGCAUCCCUAAUUCUAUAAUCCUUCAUUCUUUGAUGUCAAAUGUGAUCUUAGAAAUUUUAAAAAGGAUGUUACGGUAAACAUCACCUUGUAUUGUGCACACCUAUUUAACAAUGUUAUCUUUCAAGCUGUGAUGAGCAACAAAAAAAAGAAAAAAAACCCAAUUGUGGAUAUUGAGCUUUAUCUUCAACAACUUAUCAACAACAAAUUAUCUGCCCCUGAUUUGUUUCCAGGGGCAGACAAGACGUUCAACAAGUUGUGUACAUGUCGAAAUAAAGGUGAAACUGAAUUGUGAAUAUUAUUAAACAUCUUGCCCCUGCCCCCCGUCGUACCCCAACUUGGACAAGUAUUUGAUGCUUAAGUCUUAAGACAUUGUUAUUAUAUAUAUAUAUAUAUUCAAGUUUGAAAUAAGACAGCACAAGAGGCACAUAAUAAACCUGUAUUGUCAGUGUUUAUCUUCUGCUGAUAAAAAAAAAAACGUUUGUAAGAUCUGUGCUUGAAUCCAGUCAUCAAAUAUGUUAUUAGGAUGUGUGUGUGUAUAUCGUGUUGUUAUGACCGAUCAAUUGAGUAACGAACGACUAGUGUGUGAGAUUAUUACGUGUGUUUGCAGUAAUGGGACAUCGAAUGUGUAAAUUCAGAUAAAAUGACUCCUGGCAUGGAUUUCAGUAAUUUUAAAAAUGGUGUAAUUUUAUGGAAAUUUGUUUUGUGUUGAUUUAUUUAUUAGAAUAUAUUUUAAUAUCUGAUUAUCAACGUAUGUGUUUUAGAUAUAAAUUCUUUUAAUGAGGGCAUAAAAUUGUAUAAUAAUCAUUUCUAUUUUCUUUUUCUGUUAGGGCAUACAAAAACAUUCUGGUUCUCGGACAAUUCUUCCAAAAUAUCUGAUGCAGGAGGGAAGUUUUCAAAGAAAGCAUGGGACAAUUAAAAUGGUUCUGACCGUCCAUCAGUCCGUCACACUUUUGGGACACAAAACCUCGGCUUCUGAUUGAGCUAGAGUUUUCAAACUUGGUGUAGGUGUUUAUUAGGUGAAUUCCUUGACUGAGUUCGAUGAGCAUAUUCUCCUUAAGCUAAGCAGAGAUACGCAAUUUGAUUGGUCACUGCUUUAGGACACAAUACAAAUACUUGUUGUAUAGUUUCAUUACAACAAUACCUUGACUCAGUUUGGAUUUUUGAGUCAGGUUAAGCAGAGUGAUGAGCAAAUUGAUUGGUUGAGACUUGACAACUUUGAUUCUAAUAGAGUGAGAAUGGUGAAACUUGGCAUAUAUCAUUACAUCAAUACCAUGACUAAGUUUGAUAAUGUGCAUUUCCUGUAGUUUCAUUACAUCAAUACGACAUGUACCUUGACUUAGUUCAAUAAUGAACAUUUUCUGCAUCUGUCUAAGCACUGAUAAACAAAAUGAUCAUUACUUUAUAAAAAGAUAAAUAUGCAAUUAAGAAAUGUGUGUCAUCUUAUUACUUUUUCAAUUUGUCAGGGAACAUCAGCCACACUGUUGGCUUGUUUUUCUUGUGCAUGAUUUACAUGUAUCAUAAGCAUCACAUUAUAAGACACUGUUUUAUGUCAUCAGGGCAAUGAAUGAAUAUUCAGUAUCAUUUAUAAUUGUGAAUAGCAUUAAUCAGGGUUGUGUAAUUAAGCCUAUGAUACACUUCCAGUUUGAAUCAGAAUUCCUUAUGGUACAAAUGUAAUUCAUGAAACUGUUUUAUUUUUCUUAAAUAAAAACGGAUCAUGCAGUUCGUUUUAAGUAAUGCAUCAGUAUCUGAGAAACAGCAUAUUUUUUUUGUAUGACCUUAAUUCCAAAAUGGAGGGCAAUCUAUAAUAUUCUUAAAGGUAUUUUAUUCUAUAAAAUUUAUUUUAAUUAUUUAUUUUAUUUCACUUUUAUGUUCAGCUAUGGAUCACAUAUCAGUCAUUUCUUUUGGUCAAUUUUAAUUGUAUAUUUACAUUUUAAAAUUAGGGUUGUUGUUUUAUUGAGUGAAUUAACAUUGUAACUGUAAACAUGUCACCACAAAUAUAAAAAGAAAGGUUUAUGAAUAUUGCUUUUACUUAAGUUAUUUAAAAUAUUCUCUAGUAAAACUUAUUAAAAAAAAACAAACAACAUCCAUCAUUGGUUUGCUGAUUGAAACAUAUCCAGUCACUCUCAAAAUUUGAGGUGUUCUGUUGCCUUAUUUUUUGGACUCAAAAUUUCAUUUAAAGUGUAUUGAGUAGAAAUCCCAUUACCAGGCUUUCUUUGUUUAUAUAGAUCUUUUGUAUAUAUCAAUUAAAAUAUAAAUACCGUAAUUAAUUAGUUUUUGAGUUAUCCCCAUUAAUUUACAAAUUUAAGACUUCAUCUGUACAUUUGGGUUCGCCACUGUGUCAUUCAUGCAUGUAUGUUUCUGUUUGGUCAUACUGAAUCAUGGGUUGUAAUUAAAUCUUUUAUGUCGUUGAUCACAAUCGUGCAUCUUUCAAACAAUAUCUGAUUUUCACGACUAAGUUCAUUUGAUUUAAUUAUUUAACGUUUAAUUAAGAACACAAAACCAAGAUAUCAUGUGACUUGGAUUCAGUCAGUUGGUGUUCACUUCUUUAUAUCAUCUGAAAAAAACUUAAUUCCUGCAUGAUCUAACAUUUCCUCCCUCUGCUAAAGACCCCUACAAGAAAGAGAAUUAUUGAAAUAAAAUUGAACCAUAUGUUAGUCCCAAAAUGACCUAGUUUGUGUCGAGUGGACAAUAAACCCCAUUUCUGUCUUUCUCUCUACGCUACUACCCCUGUUUAGAGUUCAAUAUUAAUAAUAAGCAAUAUUAGAAAAACACCUGGGGCCUUAUUUAUGAAAACAAAAAGCUAAAAUAUUUGAAGAAAAUUGAUCAUUUAUUGGCUAAGCUCUAAAAUAAAAGCACAAAUUUCUGAUCUUGGCCAAUGAACAACAUGCCUUAAAUAUUUUAGUUACAAUUUUCUUGAAUAAGGCCCCUGAGUAUAGACCAUGAGAAUUUAAACAGUAAUAAUAAACAUUGUAAAUUCCAAACUACUAUGCACGUAGAAUAUAUGAAAUCUUUAAAAAAAACUCGAGUCGGAAAGGUUAUUUUUAAAAUUAAGGUUACUACAUACAUGUAUUAGUCGUGAACAACUAAAGACCUAGGAUUAUUUUACUAGGUGAACCGUAAUAUAUGUAUAGUGUAUAUAGAAACAUUGAAAUACUGUGAGCAUAAAACCUUUCUGACUGGGAUAGUGUGAAGAAGCAUUUAUUCUCUCUUAGAUUUAACUUGAUAUUCUGCUGUCUUAACAACUUUAUAUAUAGAUUUCCGACUUCUUAUUUCAACACUCAGGCAGGUAUCUUUAUUUUAUUUGAGUUACAUGAUAAAGAUAUGUGUGAGAGUAUUGAAACAUAUAUACAGUAAUAUAGCAAGAAGUAGUAAAUCUAUAAGUUGUGAAUCUUUAAUCUCUACUUCUGAAUGUCAUUUAAGGAUAUUAUAGGCCUACUGUAUUGUAAUUAUUAUAAUACAUAAUUUUUGUUAUUGAGUGUAUGAAGUAAAACACCUACCAAAAUAUGCAAUAUUGGUAUACAGCAGUAUGAUAUUUUGGAGGGUCUGAUAUUCCAUACAUCCACAAUGGCCACAUGUACAUCUUAAGUGAUUAGCCCUUUCAUAAAAAUCUUGAAAAUUGUUCUUACUAUGUAGAUGUAUGUGUUUCUAGAAUCAAUUUAGUAUUUACUAGUACUACAUGAAAUAUACUGAUUUACCUGAGAAACAUUGCCAAGAAUAUGUGUAUUUGAAAUAAUAUAAAUGUUUAUUUAAGAAAUUACUGAAAUCCUGUUGCGUGUGUGAUUGUACCAGUGUAUAAUUACCUGAGUGUAUGUGUAUAGGUUAUGAAUGGUAUUAUUUGUAUGUGGUUAAAACUUGUGUAUAAUUGUAUAAAUUACAAACUGGUUGUUUUAGAAACUUGACAGAAUAAAAAAAAGAAAACCCUGUACAAAACUGUUUAUUGAUGACAUUUUAAUGAGAGCUUUACUUUUUUUUUGAAUGGUGAUGAUUUUAAAUGUGUGUUUUGCUGGGGAACGGUGGUGAACCAUAGUGUUGGGUUUUUAUAUACCAAGUGAUUUUACUUGUAUGAUAGAGAAGUGGACUGGAUAGGUCCCCUCUCUUGUCAAUAUCUCCAAAAAAUGAAAUAAUUAAAAGUGCUCUGUUA